AUGUGGGGGCACGGACACCGUCGGGGCGAGAUUUCGAACGAACCGUCUCACGACGCUGCCGAAAGCGAGACCCUUGCGUUUGCCACGGAACCCGUGCUUGGCAGCCUGGCAAAUAUCCUAAGCUGCCUAGAAGACAGACUGCCCCAGUGCCUGCCACCCGAAGUCCGAGACUACCAGUUUCUCGACAUCGAGAUCAAAUAUGGACUCCUACAGCUUACGGAAGCCCUGUCCUUCCUACACUACUCCUGCAAACUCAUCCACCGGAACCUGAGUCCGCAGUCCGUGAUCGUCAACAAGCGAGGCACCUGGAAACUCGCUGGCCUCGAGUUCACCGAAAAAUGUAACGAGACGGACCUUCUUAGCCCCGUGAGCUGUCAGCCGUUCACGUCCAAGCUGCCCAAGAUGGGCCAGCCGGACCUAGACUACACGGCCCCAGAAGUGCAGGCGGCUUCUUCCUGUUCCCCGCUCUCAGACAUGUUCUCCCUGGGUCUCAUCAUCUGCUCGCUCUUCAACGGCGGGCGUUCCAUCAUCGAAGGAAACCUCUCCACCACCACCUACAACAAGCAGCUUGAAGUGCUUGAGGGCAGCCUGCACAACAUGCUGGACCGAGUGCCGCACCACCUUCAGGAACCGCUGCAGGGGCUUCUACAGGUGGACCCCAGGCGAAGGCCCAACGCCCAGAACUUCUCCAUGAUUAAGUAUUUUAUGGAUCCUGCCGUACACGGACUUCAGUACCUCGACGUCAUUCAGAUGAAGGACUCCACGCACAAGUCUCACUUCUAUCACAGCCUCAAGACAGCGCUGCCAAACAUACCCAAGAAAUUGUGGUGGCAACAUGUGCUGCCGUCGUUGAAGAUGGAGCUGCAGUCUCCCGAGGUCUUAGCAGCUGCCCUGCAGCCGCUUCUUUUCAUCAUCGAGGAGAGUACUGUGGACGAAUAUCAGAGCAUCAUCUUGCCCAUCUUUAGAAGCGUCUUCGGCAUGCCCAAAUCUGUUCAGGCGACAGUAACGCUACUGGAGAAUUUAGACGUCCUGAUGAAAAAGACACCCAAAACGGACAUCAAGGCGGAUGUUCUCCCAAUGCUGUACAAUUCGUUUGACUCAACAACACCACAGAUUCAGUGCGCUGCCAUGCACGCGAUAGCGCAAAUCGCCGACUACCUUGAAGAAAGCGCUGUCCGCAAAAUGGUACUGCCGAGGACAAAGCAAGUCUUUGAAAACAACACGGGUGUGAAGGUCCAGGCCAAUGCUCUAACGUGCAUCGAGAAAAUCAUCGACAAACUUGAAAAAACUGACAUUCUGGACGAAGUUCUACCGAUGCUCGGCAAGGCCAAACUCCAGGACCCGGCUAUUCUGAUGCCAGUCGUUAGGAUAUACAAACACAUGCUAAGCGACAAGCGCUAUGGCCUGACGGUAAACCUUAUAGCUACAAAAGUGAUGCCAGCCCUCAUCCCCGUCGUAGUUAGUCCUGCACUAAAGUUAGAUCAAUUCACAAGUUUGAUAGAGUUGCUCCAAGAAAUGUUGGAACAUGUUUCAAAGAGCCAGCGGAACAAGCUCAAACUUGAAAAGCUGUCGAUACCUUCCACAGACAUGCUUCCAGUGCAGAUGCAGUAUACAAUGGAACAGCCAACGGGAUAUCCCCACCGUCCCCCUUCCCUUCGACUCGAGUCCAGGCGAACAUCCAUCAGCAUGGAUGAUGUUGUCCGCAGGACGUGUAGUUCAGCUUCGUCGUCACCAGAUUCCAACUUGCUGCGCGUGCAGGCCACUCUGCCAGGGCGGAGGCACUCGGACAACACGAUCCAGCCCCCACGGAUCCUGGUGGCCCCCUGCUCGCCCGAGGGCACCGUCAGCUACACCCCCGGGGGCCUCCCCAUCCGCAGGCAUUCCAGUGUCGGGACGCAGGACUCGCGUUUUUCGGGAUUCUUCAGUUCGCCCAAAAUGGCAAGCGCGAGCCCCAACCUGGGCGUGGACUUCUUCAGCUCAAGCAGAGCCAACGUGAGGCGGUACUCCGCGGCCGCCGUCUGCGGCGCCGCAGGAAUUCCCAACGCCGCCAAUCAGGCCUCGAGUUUUCUGCAGCAAAUUGGCUCUGGUGUUCAUUUGCCAGUGCCGCCGCCUGCGUCUCCAAGAUCACACUCACCAAGGUCGCUCUCGCCGGGGUCGCUGUCGCCCAGAUCCCUGUCCCCGAGGUCGUCCCCGAGGUCUCCCAGACAGCCCAUAGGAGUGGCAUCGACUGUGACAACAUUGAACAUGCUGACCGUUUUGUCUUUACAAAGACAAAUAACUUUCAAAGACAACUAA